CUUUUCCUGUGUCCCUGAUAACUACUUACUUAGAUUGCUUCAACACCGCAUCAUAGGUGAACUUUGAGGGGGAGCUGCUGCGGGGAGAUACACCCGCUAGAGCCAUGCACCCCUCAUCAUGGAGAUUGGAGACGACGGGAGGCGGCGUCAGAGGCGAAGGAUGCAUAUUGCAUAACUUCUCUGCAAAGGGGGGGAAUCCCGCAAGGAACACUGGGAUAUUAAACAGAACCGGCCCCAACAGCAGGUACUAUCGCGUAUUAUGAGAGGCCAUUCGCAGACCCAACAGUGCGGAACACUGGUACGUACUAGUAUUUAAUAUUUAUCCUCAGACCUCAGUAUAAGUCAAAACGCAAGAUUGGUCCUUAGGAUCCACGGACCACGGGCAACAUGACGGCUAGCGCAGAGGCAGCGACACGGCUCCCCGAGACGUCCCUCUGGGCCAACCGGAAAUGCCUGCUCCUGUGCGCCGUCGUGGCCGUCGCCAACAUGCAGUACGGCCUGGACUCGGCCUGUCUGGCCAGCCUGCAAGCCAUGCCCGGCUUUCUGCGGGUGUUUGGCUACCCGGACCCGAGUCUCGAGGGCGGCUACGGGAUAGAUAGAACCUUCCAACAACUAAUCGGCUCGCUCCUCACGCUCGGCGCCUUCCUGUCGUCCAUCUUCGCCGGCGCCUUCGCCCACUUUUUCGGCCGCAAGCCGGCGCUGUGGCUGGCCUGCCUGCUGACGGCGGCCGGCGCGGCCAUCCAGAUCGGCACGACCGACGCGGCCGUCGUGUACGUGGGCCGCCUGGUGCUGGGCGUCGGCAACGGCUUCCUCGUCACCUUCUCCAACAUCUACUGCGCCGAGGCCGCGCCCGCCCACCUGCGCGCCGUCCUGGUCGCCCUCUUCUCCGAGUGGGUCAACGUCGGCAGCAUCGUCGGCGCCGCCGUCACCAACGCCACCAGCAAGAUGCUCGAGAAGGGAUCGUACCAGAUCCCGCUGGGCAUCCAGUUUGUUGUCCCCGCUGCGCUGGCCGUGGGUCUGUUCUUCGUGCCCGAGUCGCCCAGGUAUCUGGUCAACAAGGGGAAGCUGCAGGAAGGGAGGCGCGCGCUCGAGGUGUUGCGCGAUGGGUCGCUGAGCGAGGAGCAGUUUGAGUUGGAGUGGGUCGAGAUGGUCAGGGGCAUUGAGGAGGAGCAGAAGCUGGCUGGCUCGGUCGGCGCGUUGGAUAUGUUCAGGGGGAGCAACUUGCGGCGGACCUUGCUCUGCUUCGGGGUCAUUGCAACCCAAACCGGGAGCGGCUCGUGGUUCCUCAUCAGCUACGCGACCUACUUCAUGGUCGUGUCGGGACUGACCGUCGACGAAUCCUUCAAGUACUCGGUCAUGAACAGCUGCCUUGGACUCGUCGGCGUCAACCUGGGCAUCUACCUGAUGCGCCACGUCGUGGGCCGGCGUAACAUCAUGAUGAUCGGGUCGCUGACACAGGGGCUGUGCCUGCUCAUCGUCGCCAUCACCGCUACCACCUCGGCCGGCACGCUGGCCGCAAGGAACUGCCUGAUUGCCUUUACUGCGUUGUACAUGUUCUCCUACAACGCCUUUGUGGGAGCUGCCAGCUACCCCGUGGCCACCGAGGUGGUGAGCACGCGGCUGCGGUCCUGGACCGUUGGCUCGGCCAUCAGUCUGGGCUACUUCCUAGCAUGGCUGACGGGCUUCUGCUCGCCGUACUUCAUCAACCCCGAGAACCUGAACUGGGGGGCAAAGUAUGGCUAUAUCUGGGCCGCAUCCAACUUCUGCUGCGGCGUCUUCUUCUUCUUCUUCCUGCCAGAGCUGAAGGGGCGCACGCUGGAGGAGAUUGAUGAGCUGUUCGAGAGGAGGAUCCCGGCCUGGAAGUUCAAGACCACGCGGACCAACAUCAUGGACGAGGCAUUGAAGGAGGUCCGGAACCGGGAAACGGCUCUGACUGACGCGAAGGCACCGGUGGAACUGGUCGAAACCGCGUAAGGGGGGUUAGAGUGCGGGUUGGCUUGUCAGGGUCUAUCCGUGACGGCACUACCCACGCCGGAUGGACGAGCUCAAGGACCAUAUGGUUGGGGGGGCAAGUCUCCGCAGAGGUCGGUAAUA